GACAACUUGGUGGUGUGUGUAAUGCUCCUUGAUUGUUUUGUGUGGAUUUUGCAAAAACUGUUUAUGCUGUGGCUUACUGUACAACGAUGGAAGAAAGGAGAAUAUAUACUCAACUACUGCGAGAGUACCGGGAAAACCCUAUUUUAUGGAAUAAAAACUUGCCAGAAUACUUCAACAGAACGCGAAGAUUUGACAUGCAAUGUAAAUUAGCGAAAAUAUUGCGACCAAUAGUGCCGACUGCGGAUGGAAAUUACGUUCGUAAAAAGUUGGCACGAUUUCGUUCCGUUUUUGUGAGGGAACAUCAAAAAGUCGUGCGAUGCCGGAAAGCAGGCAUUCAUUAUGAACCCUACCAUUGGAGCUACAAGGAAUUGCUUUUCCUACUCGAUUCCCCGGAGCUGGCGUGCUUACGAAUUGACGAUCGCAGUUCUUCGUCGUCGGAACAAGCUGAUGUUUCCAUAGCCGAGUCCCAAUCGCCGACUCCAAAACGGGCCCAUGUGCGCCGAAAAGCUAGUAAACCCAAACGUUCAGAUAAAAAACGGGCGGAAAGAUUAGCCAAAAGUUCCGAGCCAACGGUACAGUACGAUAACUUCCUCGAGUUGGUGGCAAUCAAACUGAAGCAACUGACUACCUCACAGGGUAGAUUAGCAGAGAAGAUAAUUAACGAUGUGUUGUUUUACGCUGAAACUGGCGAACUGACGUUGGACCAAUUGAAGAGCAUAGCAGAAACGUUGCAAAAAAGCCAGAUAACAUAAGACAUAUUAUUGAUUAUGGUUUUCUGCGGAAGAAGUCUUUCGUUCAGAGUUGCGACAUGUUUUGUCUUACAAUAUUUUUCCUGUUGUUAAUAGCUGAGUACUGGGAGUUUGAAAGGACAAGUGCCAUCCAAUAAUUCAGUUCAGAAACUCUUGACGUCUAAAACACAAAUGAAACUAUCGAUGUCAUCGGUUUCAGUAUAAAGAUAUACAUUUUAGGCUAUCUAGUUUAGUGUUCCCCUAAAGAAAAAGUGACGAAACGUAUUGAAGGCAUAGCUGUAACAUCUAUUGAUGAACAGAACAGAAUAAGACACAACAAGACUGCCCCAAAUUUAAUUUGUAGAAAUAAUCAUCGAUCUUUCUUAUGCUCUCGAGCUGAC